AUGUUGUUAAUUGUGGGAGCCGGGGACACUAGACCCCCAGAACCCAUAAAGCUUGAUGAUCAUUCUCGUGAACAGCUUGAUGAUCAUUCUCGUGAACAGCUUGAUGAUCAUUCUCGUGAACAGCUUGAUGAUCAAUCUCGUGAAGAGCUUGAUGAUCAUUCUCGUGAACAGCUUGAUGAUCAUUCUCGUGAACAGCUUGAUGAUCAUUCUCAUGAAGAGCUUGAUGAUCAUUCUCAUGAACAGCUUGAUGAUCAGUCUCAUGAACAGCUUGAUGAUUAUCCUCCUAAACAGCUUGAUGAUCAUUCUCAUGAACAGCUUGAUGAUCAUAAAAUUUUCCAAAAAACUUUUCCCUUUUUCUUAGACAACUCAAAGCUAGAUGAGGAUGAACUAGUGGAAGAUAAACCAGAAAUUGACCUUGAAGAAGCCGCGAACAAGGUCAACGAGUCUUUGACAACGGCAGAGGAACUUGCAAAAAAGUUGAGCGAUUUGAACCAAGAUAUUAUUGAAUGGCUUGUUAACUAUGCCAACACGAAAGCAAGCAACAAAGGCAAGAAGAGGCUUGAGAAGAGUUUGGAUUCUGCGAAGAAUGAAUUAUCAGAUUUGAGUGAAAAAUUGCUCAAGCUUCAGACAGAACUUGAAGAAAAAGAUGAAAAAUUCCAGCAGGUUGCGAAGCAACUUGAGACUAAAACACAAGAAGCUGUUAGAUACAAGACUGCAGCUGAAGUUGCCAAGAAAAGUGCACAAGACAACGAGGCCCACACAAGUGUUUUGCAGGAUGAAAUAACAAGACGAGAUGAGAAAAUUGUGGAAUUGCGCACAAAAUUAUCUCGCUUGGAGAUUAAUCUCACGGAAACCCAGUUUGAUAAGGAAAUGUCAACAAAGAGAUUAGAUAAUGCUCAAGCUCAGACAAAGAUGUUUGAAAUUAUAGAGGAAUAUUCUAUGGAGGAUGAGGAACCUGAAAAACUUGCUAAGCUACAAGAGGAAGUGGAGCAUAAGAAAAUGGCUGUUGGUGAUGCAGAAAGAGAAAUGGAAAAACUCCACAGGGAACAACUGGCCAGCCUUCACAAAUCACACCAGCUUGAAAUUACAGAGCUUAAAAAAGAACAUGAAGAAGAAGUAGCAAAGCUCACUGAAGAGCUUCUGAGUGUUAGGGAGCAGAUCACACUUGUGGAACAGCAGGCUCUUGAAGCCAAUAGCCAUUCAGAUGAAUUACGAGCAAAAUUAAUUGAACUACAACUGCGGGAACCCACUAAGGAAAAUAUUGAAGCGCCACUUUCCCGCGAAUCAUCGGCAACAUUAUCUGGCAAGUCUAUAGGUGAAUUAUCUGCUAGUGAAGAUGAGCAUCCAUCCAGACAGAAGGCUAAAAAAUUCUUAGUUGUUAACAAGGAUAGCCGACAGAGUACUAAGGACACCAAAAAAAAGGCCGAGACUCUCAAACCAACAAAAGCUCCUUCCAAAUCUCCUAACAGGAACAUAAAAGAGAAGGCAGGAAGAAGUAAAGGUAUGUUUACAAUAAUUAUGUUCUAUGUGUUAAAGUUACACUUGACUGUUGCACUCAUAUUUCCUAUAAAAAACUUUGUAAACUUAGAAAAAAAAAGAACUAAUGAACGUCGCCAGGCAAACAAGACGUCCGAAAAAUCUAGAGACGUCAUUAGAUUGUUGGAACGGAAUUUUCCGAACGCUUUCGACCUUGAUGAUGAGGAGUCCUGGGCAAGUGUUCCACCUCAGCAUGUACAAGGUAGAUUCCUACAGUAUAGACAACUUGGAAGAGGAAAGAUCAAAGAGCUGGAGGAACAGUUACAAGUGACCUUAACUAAAACACACAGGAAGGUCAACUCCUUGAAAAGUCAGUUCAAUGAACACAAGAGUAAAUGGGAGGCAGAGAGAAAGAUUCUGAUUGAGCAGGUAGAGCAGGCACAGAAGUUGCAGACGGACGCUGAGAAGGAAGCUGAUGCAGCCAUGACACAACUUGAGGAAUUCAUCAACGAACAAGAAAAACUAGAAGAUGAGGAAGAACAGAAACGACAGGAAAUCAUCAAGACGAUGUCUCGACCUGGCACUGUCAAACGUACCACACCUGCUCCAGCUGAACCAAAAUCUACUCAAGACGUAAAAGCAGAGGAACAAGGUCAAGGUGAUCGUCUGCAGACGGAAAAUUCAGAACAAGAGUUAAAGAACUUGAUGCAGCAGACUGAUGAUGCCAAAGCACAGAAGAAUGCACGACAGACAGGUGCUAUUUCAGCCCCUCCAGCUGUUGAGCCAGAUGAUGCACAGGCACAAAAGUUGCAACAGCAGUUUGAAAUUCUUGAAGAGGAUUUUGAAAGUAAACCAGUCACUUCAAGGGAGAAAAAGUCAGUAAGUCAGUCUGGAAUAAAUCUGGAUGACGAGAAGCCUGUUUCUCCUCCAAAAGAAGCAUUUAGGACACCUAGAUCAGUUAGAAGCAGAAGCAUUCAGAGUAAUGACUCCAUGAACAUUGAUACUGACCCUGAUGAAGGUGUUGCCACAGAAUUGUCUCCGUGUCAGUCAGAGGCUUUAAAUAAUUUAAAAUCAAUGAUGGCAGAAGAUAAUUUGAAUUUAGAACAGCAGAAAACCCUUGAGUCACUCAGAUCAGUCAUUAGAAGCUUAUCUGCAGAACAAGCACUCCGGGACAUUCAGCUGGAGCGAACAGUAACAAUUCUUUCUCUUGCGAGCCAGAUAGCACAAGAAUCUGUCGAACUGGGAGUUUUGCCUGACAGUGUUUUUGACAGCUUAUCAAAAGUUGGCUCCAGAGCCAUAUCAGCAGUGUCAGGUCAACGGUCAGUUAAAGGAUCAGCAGUUUCGAGAUUAAAUAUCAAAUCAGAGAAAGUGGAAGAAGAAAUCUCAGUUGUCAAGGUCUGUAACCUUUAUAAUUUCCACACACCAGACAAAGAAGAAAUUGAAUUCAAUUUGGUGAAGCCACAAAAAUCAGAAUCUUCAAAGACUGGUUCAAAAAUAUCUUCCAAAGAAAAUGAAGAUCAAUCCAAAGGAGUGAAAAAUGAAGGAAAGUUGAAGGAAAGUGAAGACGAACAAUCCAAACAGGUAAAAACUAAAAGAAAAUUGAAGGAAACAGAACUUGAAAAGUCCAAUGAGGUUAAAAGUGUGACAAAGGAGAAGGAAAGAGAACUUGGAAAGUCCAAAGAGGUAAAAAGUGAAGCAGAGUUUAAGGAAAGAGAACUUGAAAAGUCCAAAGAGGUUAAAGAUGAAGUAAAGGUGAAGGAAAGAGAACUUGAAAAGUCAAAAGAGGUAAAAAGUGAAGCAAAGUUGAAGAAAAGAGAACUUGAAAAGUCCAAAGAGGUAAAAAGUGAAGUAAAGCUGAAGGAAAAAGAACUUGCAGAAUCAGUGAAAGAGUAUUCUUUUAGUGGUUCUGGUAUGGCAGAUUUCCUUUCUUCAAGGGGUGACUCAUUUUCUGCAAGCCUCCCAAGGACUAUGACUUCAUCUGAGUGGCGUAGGUUCUCUCCCGAUGAUCCUUUCACCCCAACUGCAGAAAAGAAACAAAAGCAACCCAAAGAAUUAAGAAAGGAUUUGACACCAGAGGACUUGCACGGAGCAGAAACAAAAAUGUCUGCAAUCAGUGUAGUAAUAUCACCAAAAAAGAAGUCCCGUCCAGUUACAAUGCAGCAGAUGCUUUACGGUGAAAAGAAAAAUCUUGAAGUUGCUCCUGCAGAGCUAGAGGCUGCUAUUAAAAAGCUAAACAAGGAUGCAUUACCAAGGUCAAGGUCACCUAAAAGGCCAGGGUCAACUAAAGCAAAACAGCAGUUGUCUCAGAAGCGAUCAUCACCACUCAAGCUGAAUUCUGUUAUUGAAAGCAGAACUAAUUCUCUCAUGUCCUUAGAAAAUAAUGCUAGCUCUGUAUCAGAAAUUCAAACUAACCAAUCAGAUUUGACAGUUCAGAAUCUACAGGAAGGAUUUGUAGAUAGUUCUUCUGACAGUGUUAAUAACUUCAAGGUCCAUUUAGCUCAACUGCCAUCAGAACCAGAUACAGCUAAAGUUACAAAGUUUCAAUGUGUAUCAAAAGUCCUGACUUUUGAAAUUGAAGCAGAGCAUAAAAGUAGGUCAGGUGUUAAGAAGGCCAACAUCUCAAAAGGUGUUAAGGCACAGGCUGAACCCAUUGGUUUUAUGAAAGAGGAGGAUAAUUUUUAUAAUUUGGAUAAAUUUUCAAUAGCAGGAAAUAGUUUCAGUAUUGGAGAAGAAUUUAAAGGGUUUAAAAAAACUUCAGGCAGAAAAAAGCCUUCUAGGUCAAGGUCAUUUGGAGGAUUUGCAAAAAUCAGGUCAAGGUCAACUUCACAUAUACUAGGUGAAAGUUUACCGGGAAAAGUGUCACUGAGCAACAGGUUAUCUUUGCUUACAAGUAGAAAUAAGUAUCAUGUUGGUUACUCAGAAUUUGGUGACAAGUCAAUCUUGAAUAAAACAGAAACAAUGUACCAUAGUAACGUCAAGUCACCAAAAGAAAAUCUAUUCCCCCCAAAAUGGAAAUUUAGAAAUGAUACUGUUGCCAUAGCAACUCCAGUCAGCCAAAGUGACCUUCAGAAUUCAGAGGUCAAGGAAAUAACAUCUGAAGAGCUCGACACACAUACAGAAUCCAUCCAAGAGGAGACAACUGCUAAAUCUCCCCACUCCAGAUCAUCCCGAUCUUCUCAGAAAGCAUCCAGACUGUCUGCUAAAUCUAAAAGCUCCGCCUCUCACAUUGAAAGCCCCGCCCCUUCUGAACUACUGCAGCCAAAAUCUCCAUCUACUUUUGGCAGAAUGUCUCCAGAUACUACAAAUAGAACUUCUCCUGUUACUAUAAAUAGAUCUCCAAGGACGACUGCUACACCUGGCACUUUGGUGUCAGAAGUGCAGCGACCUGUGUCAAUAUCUUCUGUCCAACCAAGAAUUUGUGAUUCUCCACCCCCACCUUUGCAUAGAUCCCUGCCCCCUCAUUUGCAUAAAGAAACACAGACAGAUGAUUGGCUGGCACAGAUUGAGCAUGAGCCAGUCUCUGGUAACACUGAAGACGAGGUCAGGCAGUCGUCUGCUAAGAGUCGCGCUUCACUUCGCAGCCAGUUUAAAUCACGCCUGGAUGAAACUCGUCAAGCCGUAGAGGAAAGACGUACAAAGUCUCCAGUUAUUGCAGUGCUUGCUCAGAAGUCAAUCGAUGAUGAAUUAAUCAUUGAAGAUGAUGAUGAUCUACCUAUUCCUGAUGAUCUUAAAGAGGAAGUUUUAUACAGAGAAGAUACUUUAGAUGCUGGCACUUCUCCCCCUCCAAGCAAACAGGAAAUCAGCAGGAAAAUAAGUGUGGCUUCUAGGAAGUCGACCAAUUUAGCUGAACAUCCAGUUGUUAAUGAAUAUUUACGAGCUUACACUGGUAUCCACAACUUCAAAGAGGCAAUGAGCAGAGUUCUUGUCGAUAAAGAUCAGAUGUCAGCCAGCCAGAUUUUGACAGAUUUAGAUGUUAUACAGUUCAACAAGGAUAACAAAGUAGUUCCACAAAUCUCAAAUAUGACAGAAAAUAUCUAUUAUGUUCUAAAUGAGGUAUCACAAGUUGUCAACAGUGUCCUGCAAAAUGACAGGGGACCUGUGGUUUCAUCAUUAAUGAUGGGAAUGUCUAGAGAUGCGACUCAACGAACGAUCAUGCGGGAGAAAUCUGGGGCAACAGGGGAUAUGCUGCCAGAGACCAGAGGAAGUCAGAGGACCGUUUCCACGAAAGCCGGUAGUGUAUCGACAGAUGCCGCCCAAUACCAGGAACUUCAGGCCCAGUACGAAAAAUUACAAAACCAAAUGUCCGAGGAUAGUAAGAAGUAUGAGGAGCAACAGAAACACAAUGUUGUUGUGAUGAUGGAAAUGCAGGACACCAUUAAUCAGCUACAACGAGAAUUAUCUGCCCUUGGAAAGCAGACCCGACGACCAAUGUCAGAAAGUGUGUCUGCUGCUGGGGCACAGAAUGCUGACUCAGCGAUCAUGUUCACACGUCUGGACUCGGAGAGAAAUGCAAAGAUCAUGAAGAAAGCUGUUAACGAGAGAAAACUGGAUCCCAAUAGAUACAAAGAAGCCAUGGUACAAAUGGAUGAAUAUGUUAACUUACCAGCACAACGGCUAGCCCACCUGGUCAGAAAAUAUGUCCACCAUUGCCGUAUGAAAGAAAUAGAAGAGAAUGUUCAGAAAAGUCAAAGUUUGAACGAAAAUGUGUUUGAGUUGUUUGAUAAGAUGGAAGCUUUACAAAACCAGAGAGCCAAACGAUGGGCAGAUAGGAUGGAUGAGAUGGGUAUAGAGAGGUACAGACUGGCUAACAUGUUGAUGGAGACGUUAGACAGUAUUGAACAAGAGUCGGGGCUUUUCCUCAUCAAACCUAUGUAUUCAUACAGAGGAAGAGAGCCAAAGGAACAACCAUACUCUGGGAAAAUAACAAGACCAUUCCGGCCACACAGAACACUCUCACCCUUACGGGACAAUAACAGUGCUCACGCCCCAGCCCCAACACCUGCAUCCAAUGUCCGGCCUUCAAAAAAACAAUUCAAAAUGAUUGUAAUGGGUUUGGACACCGUUUUGGCUUUUGAGCUGGAACUUGCUGAGAGGCCAAAAUCUACGCAAAGCUAUAAAACUCGGCCUAAAUCUGGACUAAGUGAUAAACAAAGACCUCAGUCAAGGCUAAGUGAAAAAUUAAGGUCUGAAUCUAGGACAAGUGACAAUGAAUUGACUGCUUCUAGGAUUUCUGAAAACACUUUGACUGGUUUAAGUGUUGGUGAGGAUAAUUUGACUGGUUUCAGACAAAGUAACAAUGAUUUGACUGGUUCAGGAAUUUCUGAACACACUGUUACUGGUCUCGGUGUUCUUGGUGAUAACUUGACUGGUUUCAGACAAAAUGAAAAAGAUUCAACUGGUUCAAAUCUUACUGAAAAUAAUAAAAUAGGAACUAAUGAGGCAGAAAAUAAGCCAAGUAACAUACCAAACUGCAUGUCAGUAAAUGAAAGCAUUUGGUUAGAAACGAAGCUCAGUGAAAGUGUAGAAAGGCCAUCAAAUGAAAACCAUAGGCCUAAUUCAAGGCUGAGUUCCUGUGCAAGGCCUGAAUCAAUGCUAAGUGAUAUUUUCACCAGAGAAAUAAAGUAUAAUGAGAAAAUUAGGCCAAAGACUGGUAUUGAAAGAUGUAAAAGUUACCUGUAUUCAAGAAAUAGACCUAAAACUAGUGUUCCCACCAGUAGGUCAGGAAAAAAUGUUUCUAAACCAAAGAGUAGUCCAUCAUUAAGAAGGCCUAAGUCAGGAACAGUACAGUACUCAAGUCAGAAUGUUAGUCAAGCUCAGUAUGAAGCUAAGGGCCCGCUGGAAGGUGACAGCACCGGCUUGAUGGGGUCAUCUGUUGGCUACAUAGGAGCUCAAGCUGGAUCAACUUGGAAAAUGGCAGAUUCACAGCUUGGAAUAAAUAAUCCACAUCUGGGCAAUGUUAAUACUCCAAGAAUCCUUGAACUUGAUAUAAACCGAAUGAUGAUUGGUCAGAAUACAAUAAGUGCCCAGAUUGGUUCCCAGGGUUGGAGCAAUGACAGACUGGUCAAUGCAGCAAAUAACAACCUGCGGGCAUACAUGACGGUCAAUCGCCCAGGACCGAACUCUGCAGGCAGAGCUGACAGACCUCAUUCAGGUUCAAGACAAACAACACGUCCUUCUUCUUCACCCACAAACCACAGUGCAUCUACAGCUAAACGUGUACGACUAUCAGAUGUAGAAAUUCCUACUGUAAUGUCGCAGAGUCAGCCGUUACCUCCAAUCGGUGGACAGGAUAGGCCAAGUAGCAGCAGCAGACAAUCGCCUCCUAGAAUACCAGUUGGAAAUGAUCUACCAGAGAGCCCUCCGGGUUCCAGUCUACGACAUUCUCCACUAGGAAUGGAUGAUACAGAAGUUACUUCCCCUGUUAAAUGAAGCAAUUACCUCCCAUUGUAAUAAUUCUCCAUGUAUAUAU